AUGCUGUCAAACAGUCACGACCCUUCUCCUGGGAUGGUGAAACCUGCGGAGGCGGUUGUUGAUAUUGCAUCUAUGGAUAGUUAUAAGAGAGGAGUUAGCCACGCCGGCGCCCCAGCUUGGCCACCGGGGAAGGGGAAACGCACGGGAGGUGGAGGGCCCUGGGGGGGUCAAGACUCUGUCGGUGAAUGGUUGGCGAGGAAGGGAGGGGGAUGGACUAAAAAAGACACGGAAUCAAACGUACGCCUGAGGUGGGGGAGGGGGCUGGCCGUAAUUCUGUUGAGAAGACAUGGCGGGAUUGGAAUGACUGUAGGAACUAGUAUGAAACUGGUAGGAAGUGGGGCCAGUUGUGGAGCAGGAGAGCCAAUGUUUGCCGGCGUAGCCGCAGAAAAGCCCCGUCGGGUUGGGCCAAUUGGAGCCCAUGGACUUGCGCAAGCAAUUGAUUCUUGCGUUCAUUCGAGUCAGGUUCGGCGACUGAAUUACCGAGGAUUGGCAGCGUCAGCUGUGGCCGUAGGUCCCAACAUUCUCAAAACGCUCUACAAUGGCAGUUUCAGGUUCAAAUGA